GCGCCGCUGCCCACAGCCCGCGGGGCCGCGUCCCGGGAGCGGCGCGUUGGCAGGAGAGCGGCGCCACCAGGGCUGUCCCCGUGCGCCUCGGGAAUACGGCGGCGUCGCCGAGGGACCGGCCGCCAUUCCCCGCGCCGGCCGCGGAGCGGCUGCUGGUACAUGGCGCGCUGCGGCGGCGGCGGCGCUGCGCCCAAGGGCCCCGGCCCGGCGGCCGUGGAGCGGCAGCGGCUGAAGGAGGCGCUGGCCGAGCAGCUCCGGCAGGACCUCGGCAGGCUGCUGGCGGAGGGGACGUGGUCCGACGUGACCAUUCGAGUGGCCGACGCGGAGCUGCGGGCGCACCGGGCGGUGCUGCUGGCGCGGGCGCCGCGGCUCUUCGCAGCGCUGGGCAGGGGGCAGCCGCCCCGCGAGGUGCUGCGGCUGGACGGCGUGGGGCCCGCGGAGUGCCGGAGCUUCCUGCGGCUUGUGUAUUCAUCUGAUAAAAAUCUUCAAGAAGCUGAGGAGCUGGCUAUGAUGAAAAAAGUAUCGCAACCCAAAUUACUACUGGAAAACAACAUUACUGCUCUUGAGAACAUUCAGAUUAAUGUAAGCUGUCUUGGAGAUGGCAAAAGAACAGCUAUUGAUCAGAACGCUCCAAGUGAAACUGUGCAGGAAGAAGCUGCUUGUUUGUUUUGUGUUGAAGAGGAUAUUCCAGAAGUAGUUGUGGAUGCAGAAAGCAACGAAGGCACUGCAGAUAAUUCCAAACUAGAAACUGUGUCUGCGUUAGGAGAAGACUUAGUGAUGCUCUAUAAGAAGUGCUGUUUUCCAGAUAUUUGUAUUUGCAUAGAUGGCAAGUAUUUUCAAGCUCACAGGGCCAUAUUAUGUGCCAGAUCUAGUUACUUUGCUGCUAUGCUGAGUGGAAGUUGGGCUGAAAGUUCCCAGGAGCACAUCAGUCUUCAAGGCAUAAGCCGCCUAGAAAUGAAUGUCAUCUUGCAUUUUAUAUAUGGAGGUAUUCUGGACUUCCCAGACAAAGUUGAUGUUGGUCGCAUGUUGGGCAUUGCAGAUAUGUAUGGGAUAGAUGGGCUGAAAGAAGUAGCUAUCUACGUUCUGAAAAGAGAUUACUGCCAUUUUUUCCAAAAGCCUGUUCCUGGGAAACAGCAACCUGUACUAGAAUGCAUGGCUAUUGCUCAUUCGUUGGGAGUGGAAAACCUGUAUGCUGCUUGCAUGAAAUGGGUAGUAAAGCAUUUUGCUAAAUGUUUGUCAGACAGAAGCUUUGCCAGUUUACCUACUGAACUUCAAAACAACUGUGUUGUUAUGUUGAUUAACUCUUUGAACCACAAGAAUGCUGCUUUCCUUUUAAUGGAGAGUGACAGGCUGAUCAAUAGCCUUCCCCAAGUGAAAUGGACAGAGACAGCUGUAGCUUUGGCAUCUAGACUACAAGAAGAAUGCAUAACAUUUAUUGUGGCAAACUUCCUACAGGUGGUCCAAAGUGAAGGCUUCUCUAUCUUGUUGCAGGCACAGGCAAUGAGCAGCAAACCCGACCUUCUAGAACUAAUUUUUAAUGCAAUUGAAAAAAGUAUUAACAAUGAAAAUAGCUGCUUUCUUCUUGUAGCUGUGGAUACAUUGUUGGACUCUACAAAUGUGAAGGAGAUGGGUUUUACGUGCAAGAUCCAGGCUCUGCGUGAUAAGCUCUGGGUCUUCCUCGUUCAGUCUUUUUAUGCUGUUCGUCACACAGAAAGCUGGAAGCUGAUGAAGCCAGACCAUCAACAUAAAAUACAAGCAGCUGCAUUUGACAAGGGUGAUGACCGAAGACUUGGCAAAAAACCUGUUUUCACUAGUUCUCAGCUGAACAAAUCUGUUACGGAAUCCAGUGGUAUAAGGAAUACUUCCUCAACAGAACACAGCAAGAAAGAUUGCUGGGGAGAUUCUUCCACUAAUCAGGAUAAGAUGAAAUCUGAUGGAUUAGGAGCAUCUGGACACACAUCCAGCACCAAUAGAAACACUGUUAAUAAAGCCUCAAAGCAUGAAGAUAUAAAGGGGAAAGAUGGCAAAAAAAUAGCUUCCAAGAUUACUAAGGAUUCAAAACCUGGGGAAAAAGCUGCUUCACCAAAAGCUAAAGCUGUUAUAAAGACAAAAAUAGAAAAUAAUGGAAAUGUGAAGGCUGAAAGCAUGCUUACAAAGCAAGAUAUAGAAAAGACGUCAUCUGCAAGUGGACAAAAAAAUUCAGGAAGUGGCAAAGGACUAAAGAACCAUGAAGGAAAAAUUGCAGGUGCUAGACCUAAAGUACUGGCAGUAUCCUCAAGCGUGCAGAUCAAAACAAAACCAUUGAAAAAACCCACAGGGAAGGAAUCUCCCUCCUCAGUCAUUGUGGCAGGAACUUCCAGCAAGUCAGCAAACACCUACAUAGAUAUUCAGACUGCCUCUGAACAGACAGAGGAACCCAAAGAGGAUAAAUUGGUAGAGGAAGGGAAAAAACAGACUGUGAAAACCAAGACAUCUGUGAAGACACCAAAUGGAGUCACCACCAAAAAAAAAAAGCCUGAGCUUGAGGCUAAUGUCACAGCAAGCAGUCUGACCAAAAAAUCAACUGGGAAAGUUGAACAAAAUGUACAAGCUGUUCUAAAGAAAAAAGGGAACGUGAGUAGCAAUUCGGCAGCGCAGCAAAAGGCUCAAAACACACCUACAAACUCUCCCAAGAACCAAGGACCUCAGAGGGAAUCACCAAAUUCAUUGAAAACAGGAAUGUCUCCAAAACAUAAUGAAGAAAAAAAUGUGUUACAACAUCUGGUUCAGACAACGCUCCCAGAAAAACAUCCUUCAGCCAGGAAGAAGAGUGAUAAGCAGUCGCAAACACCUGCAGCAAAAGCCACUGCAAAAAUAGCACCUAAAACUCAGGCUCUGUCAAAGCAUGCUGAGAUUGCAAAUAAUAAAGACCCAAAACCAAAAGCAACUGGGCAAUCUGGAUUAAAAUCUCAGUCCUCUGCCCAAAAACAUUCCAGAAGUGAGUCUCCUGUUGUCCAUAAGAAUGUGCACACCUCUGAGCACAGGAUUUCAGAACAGAAACUUGAAAAAAACCUGUCUGAUACUGUGUCAGGUCAGCUUCAUGACAGCAAUGUAUGCUAUCCUGCAAAGCAAAGGGAAUCUUUAAAAUGUGGGAAGGAAGGUAACAGCAAAGAUAGACUGCUGGCAUCCUCUCAACCCAGUCAACAAAAAUUGUCAGAUCCUUCUGACAAUGUGGAAUACAAAGUAAAAUCGGAAUCUUCUCUUCCAAUUACAGAAGAAACUCUUUCUAUGCCACACGUUUCACUGCAAAAUGAAACGAAAGGGAGACAAAUCUCUGGAGAUGAGACUGGAAUGAAACAGAUUGAAGGUACAGAGAAAGAUGAUAUUACAGCUGAAUUUCCCUGUUCUGCACAGUCUUCCAGUGAUCAAUACUCAGCCUUUUUCAAGGAAACCAAUCAAAAGGCUACUGCUUCAGGACAACUGGUGAAACAUUCAGAUGCAGCAGAAGUCUGUAUUGAACAAAGUGAUAAAUUAAACUCUGAAAGGGGUCUUGACGACAGUGAAAAUUCUUUAUCAAGCUUUUCCAGAACUAUAACUACUAAGGAAGAUGAGACAUCAUCUCCUCAGGUUCAUAUGGAGGAGUUUCUUACAGCUGAUGAGCUGUAUGACACAUCAGCCUUGACUGAAUGCAAAUCGGUUACAGCAGAUUUAGAUGAUAUUUCAGAAUGUUCCACAGAACAAAUAACAGAGAAAUGUUCACCUAGUUACACAGAGCCUACAGAAAUGCCAGAAAACCACGAAAAUGCAGAAAUUCCUUUCGUGGACCACUGGAGUACUGGUGCACUAGAUCAAAAAGAGAGUCCUGAAUCGGACACUGGCAGCGCAACCACAUCCUCUGAUGAUAUAAAACCAAGAUCAGAAGAUUAUGAUGCUGGAGGCUCUCAGGAUGACGAAGGAUCCAACGAAAGAGGGAUUUCUAAAUGCAGCACCAUGUUAUGCCACGAUUUUCUCGGGAGAAGUAGCAGUGACACAAGUACACCCGAGGAAUUAAAAAUUUAUGACAGCAGCCUGAGAAUAGAAGUGAAAAUGAAAAAAGAGGGUUCUGAUCUCUUCCGUGUUAAUUCCACAAGUGAUGAUGAAAUACCCAGAAAAAGACCUGAAAUGUGGUCUCAUCGAGAAAGUGCAAGGACCAAUACUAGAGAGAGCAAAAGUUCUACUUUUGGUAAUCCACAGUUUAUUCAGGAAGCAGACCAAGUUUCUUCUUCUGCUGAUGAAACGGAAGAUGACAGAUCUGAAGCAGAGAAUGUUACGGAAAACUUUCGUUCAUCAAAUAUUCCUGCUCAACAGUUCCAAGGAAUUGAUAAUUUAGCUUUUGAAGAUGCAACAGACAAUUAUGCUGCAAGUCAGGGGUUUUCUAAAACCACAAAUUUCAAACGAUCUGUUUUACUUUCAGUAGAUGAAUGCGAAGAAUUGGGAUCUGAUGAUAGAGUGGAAACUCAUACUUCACAUCAGCAUUCAGCAGAUUCUCUCACUCCUUCAGAAGUCUUUGAUAGUAUUUCUCAAGAGCACCACAGAAAGGCUUUUUAUUCAAGAUAUUCCGUGGAAAUUGACAAUCGAUUUCCAGAUUGCAAACAGCAUAAGGACAGAGACAAUAAAUUGGAUAAAAGUGGAAGUUCUCUCCUACAUGACAGCACUGAAAUCCCAGAGAAGGAGAAUCGAGGUCCUUCAAUGACUGAACAAAACUGCCCAGAGAAAAUAUAUUCAGCAGCUAGUCUGUGUCCAGGAGAAAAACAAAAAGUGAAUACAAAGAAUGAGGUGGCUAGUGAAUUUCAACAGUGCAAUAAAUAUUUAGACAAUGAUGCAAAAUCUCAAGAAAGACCAUGUCAUUUGGAUCUUCAUCAGAGAGAAACUAAUUCUGAUGUGCAAAAGAGCAGCUCUGCAAAACCUGUAGAAGCCAGUAAGAAUCAGAUACUGACUCAGGAAGGUCAAGUGAGAGACAGUCAACCAGCAACUACUGAAUGCACUAAAUCUGAUUUACUUCCAGGAGACAUAGAUGAUUAUGACACAAUGGCACAAACCUGCAUGUAUGAGCAUCGGCCUUCAAAAACCCUUUCUCCAAUAUAUGAGAUGGAUGUUGGAGAAGCAAUUGAGCAGAGGAUGGAUUCAGAAACAGCAGUUCUAGACGUGGAUUUUGAAGAUCAGCAGUUUGCAGAACAGGACUGGACUCUUCUCAGGCAAUUGUUAUCUGAACAGGACUCAAAUACAGGUUUCAAAAACUCUGUUCCUGAAGACCUUAACUUAGCACAAUGUCUUAUCAAUCAGACGUUGUUUCUGGCACGAGAUGGUUCGAAUCCUCAGGGUACCUCACAAGUUGACACAUUCAGUAGGUGGACUGAACUAAUGUCUCCAUUCGAUGAUUCUUCAGCAAGCAUUACAGUGGCAAGCUUUUCAUCUGAAGACUGUUCAUCCCCUCAAGGGGAGUGGACAAUUCUUGAACUGGAAACCCAUCAUUAAGGUGACCAACUGUUUGCAACUGAACUCCAACCCACUCCCCAAAUCCAUUUUUGAUGAGUUGUUUCCAUACAAUAAUGAAAUACUGCAUCAGUCAAGAACGAGCAAUUCUUGAUACUGAGGCAAUCUUUCUGGUAUAAUGAGGUAAAUGCAUUUCAUUUAUAAUCUAGAUUUAAUCACAAGUACAAUAAUUUUUCAAGACUUAAAUGUUUGUCUUUUCUAAAAAUGAACUUUGAGCAUGUAUUUUCUAGAAUUGUUAGAAAAAUUAGAUGACAUGAAAGAAAACCUUUGGUUUCCACCUUUCUUUUACCUUCCUUUCUGACAUUCAGUAUUCUCAUUCAGUAAGAACUUAAAGAUGACUGCACAAUUCGUAAAGCUAUUUCCCUCCUUUUCCACUCUCUCCUCUAUGUGGUGACUUCAUUAUACAACAAUAAAGAUUCAGAAUGGUUGUAUCAAAAGGUGACGUGUGCCAACGCUGCUUUAAGUGACAGAAACAUAUACUUAUGUUCAAAGGAAACAUUUCAAUAUGACUCUGGCUUGGGCCUUGUUAAUAUGAGCAGCUUGUUUCAUCUGUUUCCUCCAGAUAUGAUUUUUGUACUUUAUCGUUUGCUUUGUUUAGAAGUUUCCAAUAAAUUAUUUUUAAUUGUCUUUCCUUUAAAUAUAAGGCCUCAAAGGGCCUGUGCUAGAGGAAGAGCACUGUUUCUUUCUUGGAAAUGCACAUGUUUAAGUAAAUAUUUUAACAGCAUAUUGCAUGAAUUCUGAGGAGUUCAUAGAAUGCUGCUCCUGUUCCAAAAAACAGUAUGUAUGAUAUCUCCAAAAAUGCAUCUCAGUCUGAAGUGGUCAGUGUUAUGCAAGAAGUGUGACAUGGACUAGAAUUACCUUCAGGCCUCAGUUCUUUACACUUUUACCCUUCUGAUGCUCUUUGGUGCAGAACAAGAUUCUCGGCAAUUUGGUUUCAUUAGUUCUCACAAAUGGUCUGGUUUUGGAAGGGUAUUCAUUCGUACCUCUAGUGUAGCAUUUAUAUUGAGACUAAAUGUCAACAUAACCAUUCUUCUGACUGAGUGCAAAAUAGGAUGCACUGCUCAUUCUGCUUUUGGCUAUUAAUUUGGGUGUGGAUAGGACUGUUCAUUGUCUUUUCGCAUUUGAAGGGGGAGGAAGGGAGUCAGAAACUAUUUGUAAUUCUUAUCAAGUCAAAACUCCAGAAACAUACAGGGUUUUAUCCAGGUAAAGUUUAGGCUCUCUCAAAUAUCUGCAUUAUGGAAAAAGCAGGGCUUGCCUUUCACACAUCAGAAUAUAUAAACAGCAAGUAUUCUACCUCUUCUUAGUCCUUAACAGAAGUGCCUUCAGAAGCAGGUGCCAUAUGGCAGCAAAAGGCUGCUAACACUUUUUUUGCUUAAACACAUUUAAGAUAAGGGCAGAAGCUGGCUGUAACCACUGAUAAUUUGAUCCACGUUGCAAGCUUUUGCACAACUCCAACAGUGCACCUUAAUUUUCUUAAGAAACUUCAUUUCUUUUUUGUUCACAGAUAGAAAUUCUCAGUUCUGUGGAAAUAUGAAGUUGCCCCAGCAUAUGACUAAAGACGCUAUGAUUUGUCAUAUCUUUGGACUUGACACAAACUAUUUUUCAUGAAAGCUCUUUAUUAUCUGGAAGGCCCCUUUGUUAAACUUCUGCUACAGAGUAAAAGUGGUUUUCUUUUCCCCAAAAUAAAUGGAAGAAUUUUAUCUCAUUCUUUAAUAUCAAGGCACAAAAAAAGAGGAGGGGAAAAAAAGCGCCUUCCUUUCUCUUUGUGAAUGGAGAAGUAGGACCCUAAACUCAGGGAAGGAAGAUGUUCAGUCUCAUAAUAAAAGUCCAGUCUUCAUGCUGAAAGAGUUAAAAGAACAAAUGAUUAAGAACACCUAUUUCUCACCUUCAAGUUUACAGGGUAUAUUGAUAGUGGAUAAUCUGUUGUAUAAAUGAAAGAACUGUAGUAUUAGCCAUAGUAAAACAUGAAACUCUAGAAGAGCUCUUGCAGACGGCUGAAGAAUGGUGCUUUCCCAAUUUCUGUGUAAAAGAUUAAAGUAAAAGUUGUUUCCAAUAAAGUUUAAUCUACUUCCAAAUCAUUAUGAUAUUCUGGUAGUGGGCAUUCACAUGUUAAACAAAACUAACCAAUGGUUUGGUUUUGUUUAACAUGUAAAUGUCCACUACCAGAAAGGAGAAGAUAAGAUUAGGUAAAGUGACAAAGUAAAAGAAGGGUUCCUUUUGUCUAUAUUAUCCAUAUUUUUGUCUUCUUACUGAAGUGAAAAGUGGCACACAAAGCUCAAUGUUUCUCACAUAAAAUACAGUCAUAUACAGGGGGGGUUAAUUUGAGGGGUUUUUCUUAGCAUUUACUUUUCCAGUUGCAUGAAAACUAAAUUAGCUUCUCUCUUCAAGUCCCCAAUGAUGUUGCAGUUCUUUUAGUAGUUUUGCAGUAGAGCAGUGAUUAGGAUUUGGUGUAUUGUUCAGUUGGUACAUAUACAGCCGUACAAUUCAGCUUCCCACAGCCAAAUAGUCUCUGUAGAAGUACCAGGAAUAGAAAGCGCUAUUGUUUUUAGCUUGUGUCACCAGAGUGCCUGUGAGGCUUAAUCAAACCAGCAUCCCACUGGCUAGACAUUGUACAAACACAGAAUAACAACAAAGACUUCCCACAGUGUGAUUGUAAUUCAAGUUAAGACAAAAAAAAAGGAGGGGGUUGGAAGAAUAAAAUGAGAGUGUCAGUAUUUGCCUGGCUGAUUAGCAAUGGACUCUGGAGUCCUGCUCUUGCCUCCUGACAGUGAUUUUAUCACUGUAUUCACCUCUUUUUGAAAACACAAGAACAUGGACAGAUGUUUUAGACUAAAAGAAGAAAGAAUCAAAGUUAGUGACAUGGAUUCCAAGUAAAUAGAGAUUAGAAGGUCUAAAUUAUCUCUGAAGACAAGGUAUCUUCAUCUGAUGAAACAAUGAAAAGGCAUCAGUGAAGAAACUAAAGAAAGGGGUAGCACUGCCAAACAAUGUUUAAGAUCCCUACCAUUCUAUGAAUUCACCUUUGCUGUAGUAUUCUGAAAGAGUAAGAGCAGUGAAAUUGCUUUGUCAAAGCCUGAGAAGAUAAUGUUGCAGUCAACAGGUUAUACUGACAGGGCACUUGAUAUUGUUAUGUGAAUGGGUAAAGAUGGCACUAUCCUACUGGUAGUAACAAGAAAUUCAGUGAAGUAUCAGUGAAAUUUAGAGAACAGCACUUGGAAAUCAGAUUUUCACAUAACAACUCUAGGUUUGCCUACCUUGGAUGACAUGUUAUGAAAGUGAAAAAUAAGGAAGGAUGUUUUACAUGUGUGGAUGUAUCAAGUUAAAAUAGACUCAAACUCUAAAAAGUGACGUCAACAGACGUAAUUACUUUUUUUUGCUCGGAAAAUUAGUCUAAUCUGAACUGGAGAAGCAGCUCUACAGGUUUUUCACUUACAGAUGCUAACUAAAAUAGUAUUUUUUUAAUAAAUCAUUGACAGAUAUAUUGCAGAGGGAAAAGAAAAGGAAAUGGAGGCCCAAACAUUUGGAACCCUACAGGGAACUAUGGCAAGUGGAGGUACUUCUAAAUGAACUGCUCAAAACCAAACCAAUUAGGGGAGCAAAGGAAAUAAAGAUGGUGACAGGAGCAAAUGAGGAUAACAGGUUAUAAGGAAGAUUGCACCAUUGUUUUCAUUGAAGAUAUGCCAUAAGAAAGGUGUAUAAAACAAACAGCAAUUUUGAGACUGGUUAAAAACCAUGUUCUUAGGGACCAAAAAGAGAUACUUGUUUCCUCAGAAUGAAAGGCAAGCAAGUGCCAGUUUGGUAGAGUAUGACAGAAUUGCAGCUAGGAAACUGAGCUUAACUGAAGAGAGAGGCAGCAGUUAGCAAAGCACACCAGCUAACAAUAUGGUUUAGCUUGUUUUUUAAAAAUACUAAAUUAUACUGCAUUUAUAAAGCACAGCAAAAUAAAUGAGGAGACUGAGGCCUAAAGAUCAGGAGAGGUAAGUAUGCAUGAAGUAAGAUAAGCUGGUAGCCUGGGCUGCUACCAUAAGUGAUCAAAUUAGAGCAAAAGGAAAGGCAAACAUCUUAUUUGUAAGGGGUAGUGAAAAGGACGCUCCAUAUAUUAAUGGAAAUAGAAAAACUUAGAAAAACUUUAUGUAGAAUCAUAGAAUUACAGAAAAACUGUAGAAAAAUCAUAGAACUACAGAAAAACACAGGUCUGAAGGGACCUCUAAAGGUCUCCAGUCACAACAUCCUGCUAAAAGCAGGAGUAAGGGACAUGAUAGAUGUGGUUGCUAAGGCCUCUGCAUGUAAACUGGUAACAAAGUCAGCAGGCAGAGACACAGUGUUCACAGGAAACAGUUAGCUGAGAAAGAGAUUCUCGUAUUGUUGGAAAAGAUGAGUAGUACAAGAAUUGCUUGCAAUAUUUUUACCUUCUGGAUAUGAGACUGAACUGUAGGUGUUUAUUAUUCCACGCUUCACUUUUUAAGGUUUGAAAUUCUUUCAAAAUUAUACUGAAUCUUUGACUUUGCAAAUGUUAUUAUUUUGGAGGAACUAGUAGACAAGAGACCUUCUCAUGCUUCUCACAAAGUCUGUCCAUAACCUCAGUUUCUUUCAGUGAAUAUGUACUGAAAAAAAUGAGUGCACUUGUUCUAGGUACAGCUUGUAGGAGACUGUUUGAAAACUUUGAUUAUAUAUUACUGCUCUCUGGAAAAUAAUUAGUAGCAUGCUCAUUCAACUUUGCUCCAGAAAAUCUAAAUCCACUGCAUGAAGGAAUUUAGGUACUAUGUUGUUCAUCUGUUGCUCAGAACCAAGACAUAAGUCAUUAUUUUGCUUCCACUAAUAUGAAAGGAAAAAAAACGCUUGUUGACCUCAGCUGAAGCAGGUUCAGGGCUUACCUAUAUUUAAUGCAUGUGCUAGAAAUGCUAUUUUUCCACUGUAUCUAUUUCAUAGUUUUCUAGUUUUACUCUACUAACGACAUUGUACAAUUGUAGAUGUGACAAAUUGCAGCUAGAAAGACUUUAAUUUAGGAGUUAUCAUUGUAUGUGUUCUGUUAAUAUUUCAUGACGGGUGAUUUAACAUUUGUACAUUGAUAGAUGACAUUCUUGCCAGGACUACACAGGAACUAAGGACAAAAGAAUGAGAAGUAGCUGCUUUGUUACAACAGAUGAUUCCAUGGAAAUGGGAUUUCAGAUAUGAAAUCAAAUAGAAUUAUAAACUUUCAUCUCUUGGUCAAAAUCCAUACUGGUUUUCUGUUCAAUCUCUUGAACACAAGCUAUAUAUGCUGUUGUGGUUUUUUUAAUAAGCUUUUAUGUGUUCAAGUUUUGAAAAAUUGCAGCUUGAAUCUAUUCUUGGGCUAAUUUAAAACUGAGCUUCCUAUUGACGACUACUGUGUGUGUUUAAGGAAACUAAAACUGUUACAGAGGAAAGUGAUUUAUGUUAAAAAAAUGGAGAUUGAUUGGAGAAAAAUACAAAGUUUGAAAUUUAUUCCUUUUUUUACCUUUGGUAAUGAAUAACUGCAGAAGCUGUACAGUGUGUGCAUGCACACGUGGUUUUUUCUUUCAUUUGACCUUUCUUUUAUACUCUGCUUUGUAACUUAUACUAUGUAGUCAAUUAAGCCAUAGUUCUGCAAACAGGAGUGAAAGCACUUAAACAUUUGCAGAUUUCAGGUUAACAUUUUUGGGAAAGAAUUUUGGCUUUCAGGUUAGCAUUUACUUUUCAGAAAGGGCAAUGGAACUGGCACUGGGGACAAGCAUUGCGCAUACUUGUGUUUUUAUAUGGUACUUGACUUAAUGAGGUUCCAAUCCCAAUGAACUAUCUGGAUGCAGUUAAAAGUAUGAAACAAUUAAUAACGGAAUCCCAUUAAGUGGCUUCCCUGUUCUUGAUUUGUUGCUGAAGAUCCCAGCACAGAAGACUCUUCCAGUAGAGAAAUCAAAGUCUUAAGACAUCUAGCUUUUUGUAUUACGUGCAACAAAAUAUAUUUUGCUAUUAUACAGUAAAAUAUGAAUGCUGAUCAGACCUUCAGUAACUGAAGCCUCAAUAUCAGCAGAUGUUGACUAUAACUCAGUAACUAGAUAUAUUUAACAAGGACAUUGAUGGUCAAAAUAGUUUUUGUAUAUUAACAGAAGAUGACUGUUAACUGGAUUAGAGAGAGUGCAUAUUCUGGUGAAUCAAAACAGAGCCUGACAGGUGCAAAUCUGGGGACUGAGACCAAUUACCCAGGAAGUCCAUCAGGUUUUAUAUUUAUGCACAUAAGUUAAACAGACUGACUUUUUCUCAGAACCCACUGAAAUUAGCAUGAGGGGUAUUAGAGCCACACUUUAAAAAAUCAGGAUAUUUAAAGUGUCUGAGAAAAAAGGUCAGUGACUCAAGUGAAAAUUUGGGCUCAUGUAACUUACAUUCUAACUGUGUAAGUCAGUUUUAAGACUGAUCUCACCAAAUGACUUAAAUCUACAGCAUCCUCAUUUAUGCAAUCAUUUAGUCAUUUAUGUUUUCUUACACUUGUGUUUAAUGAAAUCAUUUUAGUUCUUCACCUCUUUUGAGUGUGGCAUGGCAUCCUACCUCUCAGUAGAGUUAUUUCAAUGUGCUUAAGAUGAGUAUAAAUAGGAUAAACCAUAUGUACAUGCCAGAUUCAGUGUAGGUAGUAUAAAACUUUUUUGUUCCCUUCAUAGAAUGAGGUAAUUUUCAUGUCUUUGAACAUGAGAUCCAUCUAUAAGUCAAACUUCCUAUCUAUAACAAAAUGUCUUCCUGUGUCUUUGUGGUAGAGAAGGAAAUGUCAGUCUCUAUUUUCUGGAUUAUCAUGUUGUAGGAAUUAAGAUUAAUCCCAUAUUUGUAUGAUGGGAUGCAUUUGGAGAGAAGUUUGAGUCACUGCCUGUAGUCCACAGCUUUAUGGCCCCAGAAUAUUUUGACUACUUGGUCUUUGGGAGAGUAAGAGGAGGAUGUUAAGCUCUCAAACUGAAUGCUUGCAUGUUUUCUACCUGCUUGUUUUCAAACCUAGAAAAUUAUCUGAGGCUUAAGUAACCAUAUUUCCAGAUGACUCCCUGUGAACACGGUCUUCUGUUAUCAGAUUCUCUGUAGAGUUGUAUAGUCCCACGAGCUUUCUCACCUAUGAUACAUACAUAAGAUUCUUAGUUGAUUUCUGUAUGACAGAAAAUAAUAAAUCCUAUGUGUAACUUAAA